AUGUCAUCCGCGACAGCCUCUCCUGAUGCCUCAGAACAGCCUUCUGCAGAAACUUUGAUGAGCUUAUUCGAAGUGCAACCACAACUACAAUUGACCCUGCAUGCAAUCUUGUGCAUCAACGCUGGGGAUGAUGUCCCCUCUCCAGUGCUUCAGCUUUUGUCUUUUGAAAAAUUAACAGCCGAAGAAGAUGACAGUGCUCGAUAUAGGGUUGUUUUGUCUGAUGCCACGCACAUGCAAUUGGCGAUCCUCCCGCCUAAGUACAGUGAUUUGCUGCUUUCAGAGACAUUAAAGAUAGGCUCUAUCCUAUCACUGACAGCUUAUGCUUGUAGAAAUAUUUGGAACUCAAGGACUAUACUAAUAUUCAGCCUUGCUGUCAAAUUUACAAAUUCUCCAUUGCUUGGAAAACCUAGAUAUAUGUUUAAAGAGCAAGAACAACAAAUGUUGGGUCGGGACACACUUGCCACAACCAAACGUUCCCUUAAAUUUGGAAUAUACCUCCCACCUGUGCAGUGCGAAUCUUCUGUUAAUAUUAGCCCGAUUAAAGCCUUGAACCCCUAUCAAAAUAAUUGGAUGAUUAAGGGGCGUGUGACAAACAAGAGGAAGAUGCAUCAAUAUAGUACACCAAAGUCCAUUGGACAAGUGUUUAAUUUUGACAUGAUAGAUGAUGAAGGCAUUGAAAUUAGAAUAACUUGCUUUGGUGAUGUAGCAGAAAUGCAUUAUCAUAGGGUUGAAGCAGGAACAUAUUAUACUGUAUCAAAAGGUUGCAUUAAAGAAGCUAACACAAAAUGGAACAAGCUUAACAAUCAUCUUGAGAUAACUUUGGACAACAAUUCGGUAUUGAAGCGUUGUGAUGCUGUUGUUGAUAACCAAGGAAAUAAUUCGCAUUUCACACCGAUUAAUGAAAUUACAUACUGCACCAACAACAUUUUAGUUGAUGUUAUUGGUAUUGUAGUUGCUGUUGGGGAACCCUCAUUGAUUCGCAGAAAAGAUGGCAGCGAAGUAACAAAGAGAAUUGUCAAAAUAAAUGAUAUCUCAACUUUUACUAUCGAUGUUAACUUAUGGGGAGCAACAUGGCAAGGGGUGGGUGAAGAUUUGAAGAACAUGCAUGCAACCCAAACAGUUGUUGUCCUUGCAGUCAGAAAUGCCCGGGUUGGUUGUUUCAAUGGAAAGGUUAUUAACACAACCACUGCAACAACUCUAGCUAUAAACCCUUCUAUCCCUGAAACAGAGACACUUAUAUCAAGAGGAAAGAUUCCAGAUGACCUUUUAACACUGUCUUGUGUUGUUGGACAACUUAACUCACAAUACAGCAGGAUGACAAUCACAGCUGUUUUAGAACGUACAAGUGUUCUCUCUGAAACAGUUGAAACUACUAUCAGGGCUACUGUGAAAAUCAUUAAAACUGAUUCUUUUUGCUAUCCAGCCUGCCCUUUGAAAAUUAAUGGCAAAGAGUGUAAAAAGAAAUGUGUCCAGCAAAAUGAUAAUGUAUGGUUUUGUUCAAGAUGCCAAACUCAUGUGCCAGAAUGCAAUUACAAAUACUUAUUGCAGAUGAAGCUCCAAGAUCAUACAGGCACUCUUUGGGCUACUGCCUUUGAUGAGGUUGGCACAAAUUUGCUGCAAAUAUCUGCCAAGGACCUUUACAUGCUGCAGUACGAUUUAACUACAAAGAGAACACCUCAAACUAUUAUCAAGGGUGUCCUUUUAUCUAGAUUUGUUUUCACACUUUCUAUUACAACAGGCAUGUACAAUUCAGAGCCCAGGCUCAAAGAAACAAUUACCAAAGUCACGAAUAUCAAUUUCUAG